CACGAACGCGGGCCUCGAGCUUCUCCAUUCAGUCUCGACUGAUCAUCGCUUCCACUCCCGCUCGUGCCUGCACGACCCGCCUCUGCGCCGCAGUGCGCGCGUGUACAACGCCAGCUCGGAACGCCGCGACGAUGAGCCGCAACGGCGCGUGGAGACGCCAUGGCGGCAGAAUGCAUCGAUCUCGACAAGGGCAAAGUGACCUUCGCAGAAGCGAGCGCAGCGGGUGCUGCGUUCCUGGAGUCGCAGCGGGCCUUCAAGCAGGCGCAAGAGGCCGAGCAGGCGGCCGAAGCUGCACUGCGCGACGCGCAGCAGACGCGCCGGGCGGCGCACGAUGCGCUCCUUGAGGCCAAACGCCGCGCUCUCCGCAAGUAUGGAGCGGCAUCUGGCGUGGUGGUGGAGCAGAGCGAGUGGGCGAGCAUGUUCAGCUCGGCGUCGGACGCAGUACAGAAGACUCAAGCUGGUGACGAAGCAGAGCUAGCAAUGUCGCCCGCUCCGUCGGAAGGCGAUGCCGAGGACGACGUCACCGAGGCGUCCUCUUCACAAGUCGCUUCUGACGCAGUGAGCGGGGCGGAGGAGCACGAAGCGGUGGAAGAGGAUUCAGUGGGCGCUGGAGAGGACGACAGAGACGAGCAGCCGGUGCAGGGGCAGCCACGCCGCUCCGGCUCCGUCCGCAGCUCUUCGUCCUCGUCUUCUGCCGCGAGUGAGUCGCGCCAGAAGCGCGAGAGUGAAGAGACCGCGGUACCGAGCAAGCAUCCGCGCGCGGCCACUCCGUUCGCCUUCAACGGGAACGACGCCGGCGAGUCUAGCCAGGAGGUGUCGACGGCGUCUGCGCAGGCCUCGUCCGAGCAUGUAGCUUCCGGCAACUCUUCGUCUCCGUUUCCUGUUCCUCGCCGACUGCGUUCGAUCGAUGUUUGGUACAACGGCGCGGCGCCUCCUAUCAGCUCGCCCAAGCUGCCGGCAUGAUCGACCAGCCGAAGAACGUGCAGAGAUACUUUCUCGUCGUCACCAUGAGCGGCCUCGCACUCGCACACCACUUCCUGUCCACACCCGUUUCUCGCCCUGGUCCGCUUUCUCCUUCUCGCCGUGUACCUCAUCUCGAUAGCCCACGACCACCUGUAGCGUACGACACAUCAGCAAAGCCUGGUCACAGAG